UCAGAGGAGUGAACGAUGAGUUUAGAAACAAAUUCUACCCGUUACAGACUGCAGAGGACAUGUCCAAUGAGGUCAGUGCAUGUCCAUGUAAAGACGUUUGUCAGUUUACAGUUUCUGCUCUGGGCAGUCCUGGUGUACAGAUCUGACACAGUGAGCUGCCGCCUGAAGGUCGAAGGUUGUGUCGGAGGAGACGUCCUGCUGCCGUGCGUCUACAGCGACUCUCUACCACAGACAUUCUCUGUCUACUGGAGCGACAAUGACAACAACAUCGUGCUGGACAUCCACAGCAGCGUCCCCGACCUCUCAAACCAGCAUGUGAAGUUCAGAGGUCGAGUGUUGAGCAACCCGCAGCUGUGCAGGAAGGGGAACUUCUCCAUCGUGAUGAAGAACGUCUUGCAGUCUGACAGCUGUCCGUAUGACUGUUACAUCCCAUCGGUGAACUUCCACCAGAGAGUGGCGCUCUCCGUCUCAGGUACAUGUGGAGCGUCAGGUGGAGGUACUACAGUAACACCACACCCCUUCCUCAUGGCUCUGCCUCCUCUUCUUCUGUCUCUGACGUGGACGGGUUUAAAAUGGACAGAAAAUCUUUUCCCACAUCAUUUCAGACCAAAACAAGACUGAGGACAGACACGUGUCACACCUCACGCUCAAUGGUUUAGUUAAAAAAGAGUUCUAUGUACUGUAAGGUCGCAGCUGAAAGCACCAGGAACACCACGCUCUGCCAUUUUAACACCAUUACACACACAGACUGAGCGCCGCAGUCUGGUUCUUCAUUCAUUGGCCACGAGCUGAAUCAGCCUCAGAGGUCCCUCCUCUCUAAAGCAAACUGACCAGCUGAUUUAAACCUGUAAAAACGCUGAACAGACGUUUUAAUGUUGUAAAUCAGUGAAAAACCAUUUAAUGAUGCAGUUCAGCUGCUGAUUGGUCAGAGAGCUGCUGACAUCACUCGCAGGGCUCUUCAUUUUGUGUUUGAAUGCGUAACGUACGAAGGCUUUGUGGCUUUUUUUAAUAUUUGUUUCACACAUGAAGGAAACAUAGCCUUGAUUGUUCGCCUCGUACAGAUCUAUGCAAACAUGUUUUUAUUAUUUUUGUACUUAAAGUACUUGAACACAGAGAAACUUUUUUAUGACCUGUGAAGCUUGUUUUCUAGUUUUUUACUUUUUUGUUGCAGAAAACGUUUAAGCUUACACACACAUUAUUUAUAGAAGGUUUAAACUUUAAACAUUUAAACGGUCCGGGUGAAUUUCCUGUUUGGGAUAUUUGUAAAUGCAGCUGGGUUAGGGUCUGAAGAGGGUACGUGGUUACGAAUAAUGAAUGAAUGUUGGUUUGUUAUUGCAGCAGCUGACAGGAAGUAAAGAGAUCUUUCACUAAGAUCGAGCUGACCCACUCUUAACAGUGUUCUUAGCGACCAAAUGCUCACAGAUCCAGACGCGGCAGGAACAUUGAUAUUACACUAAGCAAGGAGACGUUAAAACAGUGCGCACCGUAUAUAUUUUGAUCUAUUUCAUACUUCAGAUUUAUAUAGUUUAGCAUUAAUUGGUGACAGAAAAGAACGAAUG